AUUCAUCGACGUAUUUGAUCGCUUUAUAAGCCGAAGAGGCAUUUGUUCAAUUCUCUACAGUGACAACGGAACGCAAUUUGUUGGAGCUAGUCGACGGAUGCGUGAAGAUCUGCAGGACUGGCGAAAUGUUUACGCUCAGCAGCACAUAGCAUCAUCGGGUACGCAAUGGAAAUUUAUUACUCCAGCAGCGCCCCACCAUGGAGGUCUUUGGGAAGCCGCUGUACGUUCAGCCAAAAAGCACCUCUAUCGUACGGUCGGCCGGCAAGUCCUCCGCUUCAAUCAACUAAGCACCCUGCUCGUCAAGAUUGAAGCCUGUUUGAACUCAAGACCACUAGUUCCACUUCACGACGAUCCGAGCGGAAGCCUCGCACUCACACCCGGCGAUUUUCUGAUUGGCCGACCUCUGAACUCCAGACCAGAGCCACCCAUCGCCAACAUUCCAGACAACCGUCUUCUGUACUCGCAACAAUUGCAGAAAAUGUUUGAACACUUCUGGAAUCGUUGGCAACGAGAGUACUUAUCCACUCUACAAGCACGGCGCAAGUGGGAAAGACGCAGAGAGAAUCUACAGCUGGGCGAUGUCGUACUGAUUCGCAAUGAGAACCUUCCCCCAUCGCAUUGGCGUAUAGGCCGCAUUGUGGAAGUUCACCCUGGCACUGACGGUUCGGUUCGUAUCGUCACGAUUGAGUACAAUAGCGAAAAAAGGACACCGGAGGGACUUUUCAUUAAACACAGGUGCCAACGCCCGGUGCAGAAGGUUUGUCGUCUUAUCGACCCACAAAUUCUGAAUCAGGACGGUUCAGCCGGGGAGGAAUGUUAA